AUGUCUUCGGCCAAGGACUUCAUUCUAGAGGUUUUUCCCUCGACUGUCAAGCCUGAGCUAAAUGUAAAGAAAUUUGUAGUGAAGGAUCGUCCCAGUUACUUUGUGAAUCACUUACGGGUUCCUUUGCUCUCAUUAUUGAUAAGUGUACAAGUAGCAUUUAUUUCGUAUAUGUACACAUUCAAGAAUGAGAUCUUGGACUUGCAUUUCCUGUUAACAAACUCCAAAUAUCGAUAUCUUGUGGCUGAAAUACUAAUAAUCUCAUCGAUAUGUUUGGUAUAUCUCAGACAGGAGAGAAAGGACACUUUGAUUGUGAUGAAGGACAUUGGAGUCCAGUUAAAUUCCGAAGGCCUGUGGAAGCAUUUUGGUAAUAGUAACGAAAGGAACUGUUUUAUCCCGCAGACAGAGAUCAUGGACUUGGUUAUCCACGAAGGGUUCCAUGGAUUUGGACAAGUUAUUUUUUAUAUGUGUAUAUUAACCAAGACUAAGAAUGCUGAAGAAGACUCGGCUAGUAACGAUAAGAAUGUUAUUAAGAUUGUCUUCCCAGCUUUCUUACCACGUAAGGAUAUCCUUAUACAAGUAUGGACACAAAGUAGGCAGGUUCUAUUUGGAUCCAGUCGCAGGUACUGGAGAAGAGUUCCUGGACAAGGACUCAAGGAGUGUAAGUAG